AUGUUGGUGGUGUGUACUGAUGUGCGAGUACAAAGGACGUAUCCAGGGCAGUCCGGGAUUAAUCCUCUGCCAAUGGACUGGGGUAACAAAGAUCCUCAGAAGAGAGGUCCAGUUGUUGUUUCUAGAGGCCAAACUACUAUCAGGAGAAGAAAUGCCAUUGGAGCUCAUGGCGGCUCAUAUUCCAUUUACUAUGCUCUUGCUGUUGCCAGCAAAGAGAUCAAAGUAGACCAUAGACCCGAUUUCACCAAUACCGAACCAGCUGCCAAUCUUGGACCUUUCCCCCAAUGGGCAGACAAGAAGAAAAUUGUUUCCAUGGACCCACUAGGUCAUUUGGCCCCAUGGCUCUUUAGUGAAACCAUAGAGAAGGAGAAUGCUGACUGUCAGCCAGCGAUUACUAGAGCACACAUGAAGCUUCCAGAAUUAGAACAGAGUGUCCGAGAAGGUCGACUUGUCCCCGACGGCAAGGUCUGCUUGAACGAGAGUGGUGAGCUGGCAGUGACCAAAUUUGCCGUAGAACCAGUGUGGUAUCUUCCCGGUGUCGCUGAGAGAUUCGGCAUUGACGAGGGGUCUCUUCGGAGAUCCUUGUUUGAGCAUACUGGAGGAUCUUAUCCCGAGUUGAUCACCAGAGGAGACAUCAAGCUAUUCCUACCUCCAAUCGGGGGCCUCACAGUGUAUUGCUUUGGAGAUCCGGCCAAGAUGUCAGAUGAGAAAGUCCGGCUUGCUCUGAGGGUUCAUGACGAAUGUAACGGAAGUGACGUGUUCGGAUCUGACAUAUGCACGUGCCGUCCAUAUCUCAUUUUCGGAAUAGAAGAGGCCGUAAAGGAGGCACAGAAGGGUGGGAGUGGGGUAGUUAUCUACUUCCGAAAAGAAGGCCGAGCUUUGGGCGAAGUCACAAAGUACUUGGUAUACAACGCCAGAAAGCGUGGCCUUGACCGGGCUUCGGAGUAUUUCAAGCGCACUGAAAAUAUUGCUGGUGUGAAGGAUAUGAGAUUUCAGGCGUUGAUGCCCGACAUUCUCCAUUGGCUCGGCAUCAAGAAAAUUGAUCGUAUGCUGAGUAUGAGCAAUAUGAAGCAUGAUGCUAUUGUCAGUCAGGGUAUCCCCAUCCAUGAACGUGUCGAGCUUCCCGAGUCUUGGAUGCCUGAAGACUCCAGGGUCGAAAUAGACGCGAAGAUCACGGCCGGUUAUUUCACAACGGGACAUCGAAUGACAGAAGAAGAAUUAGCGGCAGUCAAAGGCCGUAGCUGGGAAGAGUGA